AUGUCAAAGAAAUUUAACUCCAAGAACUCUCAAAGAUACGUGGUAGUACAUAGACCUCAUGAUGAUCCUUCAUUUUAUGAUACGGAUGCAUCUGCACACAUUUUGGUUCCUGUCUCCAAUCCAAAUAAGGUCUCCAAUCCAAGUAAGACAUCCAACGAAGCAGGUCUUCGAAAAAGAGACCUAGCUUCUGAGAAACCGAAGGAUAACAAUGCUCACGUGGGGGAGGCAGCGUUAUAUGGUAUUAGCUUCGACGACUCUAAAUAUGACUAUACGCAACAUUUAAAGCCUAUAGGUCUUGACCCCGAGAACUCCAUCUUUCUAGCCUUGAAGGACAAAGAAAAAAAGACUGAAAAGAAAAAUAUUGAAGACAUAUUUAUCGAGCCCAAAUACAGACGUGAUGAGAUCGAGAAGGAUAAUGCCCCACCUGUUUUUCAACGAGGCAUGGCCAAGCCAGAAUAUUUACUACACCAACAAGACACCACUGAUGAGAUUCGAGGAUUCAAGCCUGAUAUGAACCCUGCAUUAAGAGAGGUCUUGGAGGCUUUAGAAGAUGAAGCAUAUGUUGUUAAUGACGACAUUGUAGUCGAAGAUCCCAGGAGAAAGGCACCGGCCAAGGAGAAUGACUCCGGAGAAGAAGAAGACGAUGUUUUUGCCCAACUAUUAGGAGGCGGCGAAGCAAAGGAUGAAGACGAAUUUGAAGACGAGUUUGAUGAAUGGGAUAUCGAUGGUGUUGAAAAUUUUGAGGAUGAAAACUACGUCGAAGAAAUGGCACAAUUUGAUAAAAUUGAGAAUCUUGAAGACUUGGAAAAUAUAGAUUACCAAGCCGAUGUCCGAAGAUUUCAAAAGGAUAAAUCUGCUCCAAAAGAGUUUGAUUCGGAUGAUGGGUUUUCUAAUGCCGGCUUGGAAAGUGUGAACCCCUGUGAAGGGGAAGAUGUUUUGGGUGAGUUGCCCUCUAUACAGGAUAAAAACAAAACGGGAAAGAAGAAAAGAAGAAGCCGUCAAAAGAAAGGUGCAAUGUCCGAUGUAUCUGGAUUUUCCAUGAGUUCUAGUGCCAUUGCACGUACAGAGACCAUGACGGUUCUGGAUGACCAAUACGAUCAAAUCAUCAACGGCUACGAGAACUACGAAGAGGAAAUAGAAGAGGAUGAGGAGCAGAAUUAUCAACCGUUUGACAUGGCGGCGGAGAGAUCUGAUUUCGAGUCAAUGCUUGAUGACUUUUUAGACAACUACGAGCUAGAAAGCGGUGGCCGGAAAUUGGCCAAAAAGGAUAAAGAAACUGAAAGACUGAAGGAAGCUGCAGAUGAAGUAAGCAAGGGUAAACUGUCCCAGAGAAGAAAUCGUGAAAGGGAAGAAAAGAAAAAGCUUGAUAAAGUCACCAACACACUGAGCAGUUUGAAAUUCUAA